GGCCCAAACAAAUCCUGCGGCGGUCGUCGAGUCGCCAUGUCCAAUCGAAGCGAAAGCGUCAAGGUCGUCGUGCGCAUUCGUCCGUUGAGCACGAAGGAGAAGCAGGAUGGACGAACGUACAUCGUGUUCUCGAAGCCGGAAGAGGGUGAGAUCUCACUCAACAACCCAGAGUCCGACGACCGCGAGCCACCGAAAAAGUUCACGUUCGAUGCUUCCUUUGGUCACGACAGCGAGCAAAUGGAUGUGUACCAGCAUGCUGCGCGGGACAUCGUCGACAGCGUCGUGGACGGAUUCAACGGCACCAUCUUUGCGUACGGCCAGACGGGCGCGGGCAAGUCGCACACGAUGGAAGGGUACAACGACCCGCCCGAACUGCGCGGGAUCAUCCCCAACUCAUUCAAGCACAUUUUCGACAAGAUUGGGUCCAUCCCUAAGACACAGUUCAUGGUGUACGCGUCGUACUUGGAGAUCUACAACGAAGAAAUCCGCGACUUGUUGGCGGCGGACCCGCAAAACCGCCUCGAACUCAAGGAAAACAUGGACACGGGAAUCUACGUCAAGGAUUUGAUCUCGCGCCAGGUCACGGGAGUCGCUGAGAUCGACGCUGUCAUGCAGCACGGCAAGAAGAAUCGAUCGGUGGGCGCCACACUCAUGAACCAAACGUCGUCGCGGUCGCAUUCCAUGUUUAUUAUCACCGUGGAAACGGCAACGACGGGCGUGGAUGGGAAAGAUCACAUUUGCGUGGGCAAGCUGAACUUGGUGGAUUUGGCGGGCAGCGAGCGGCAGGCCAAGACGGGCGCGACGGGGGACCGCAUGAAGGAAGCGACCAAGAUCAACCUGUCGCUGUCUGCACUCGGGAACGUCAUCUCAGCCCUCGUGGACGGCAAGUCGCAGCACAUUCCGUACCGCGACUCGAAGCUCACGCGGCUGCUCCAAGACAGUUUGGGUGGCAACGCCAAGACCGUCAUGAUUGCCAACUGCGGCCCCGCCGACUACAAUUACAACGAAACGCUGUCCACAUUGCGAUAUGCGAAUCGGGCCAAGAACAUCAAAAACAAGCCCAAGAUCAACGAAGACCCGAAAGAUGCGAAAAUUCGCGAAUUUCAGGACAAGAUCAAAGAGUUGCGCGAGGCAUUGGCGGCCCAGGAAAAGGGCAUGGGGAUAGGGGGCCCGCACGCCAUGGUCGAUGGCAAGGAAGGCAAGACGACAAUGAUGCAGGCCGCGGCGCCACGGAUCAUUGAAAAGAUCAUUGAAAAGACCAUCGUGCGGCGCGAAGGAGUGAGUGAAGACGAGCUCAAGAAACUGCAAGAAGACGCAGUGCGUGAGAAGAACGAGCUCAAGAAGAAGGCGCAGGUGGAGAUGAAGGCGUUGCUGGCGUCACAGUCCAAGACAGAAGAGGAGCGGGACCGACUGGCGGCACAGCUGCAGGAAAAAGCGCAGCAAAAGGAGCAGCUCGAGAAGAAGAAGCACGAGAUGUUGGCUCAGUUGGAGGAGUACGAGCACAAGGUGAUCGUGGGCGGACAGCUCAUGGACAAGGCCGCCAAGCAGGAGCUCGAGCUACGUGACGCACAGCAAAAGGUCGACGAACAGAAGCGGCAAGAGAUGCAGCUGGCGCGAGAGUUGGCCGAGCGCGAAGACUCCAACAUGGUACUCGAGGAGCAGUUCUCUUCGCUCCAAGAAGAGGUUGACGUGAAGACGAAGAAGCUCAAGAAGCUGUGGGCCAAGCACAAGGCCGCGUCCACCGAGAUCGAGGACCUGCGCGCCGAGUUUCAAACGGAGAAGGAGGACAUGCUCGAAACGAUCCGCGAACUGACGCGCCAGCUCAAGAUCAAGCAGGUGCUUCUGCAGCACUUUGUACCGCUGGACGACGCGUAUGCGAUUGAAAAGCGAAGCAAGUGGGACCCUGACGCGGACGAGUGGACGCUCGAGCACCUCGAGACGCGCCCCACGAGCCUCCGCCCGAAGCGACCGGUGGCGCGGCGAGGCGUCCGUCGGGCAGAAACCGACUUUGCCCGACGCAACCGCCAACUGGACCGCGGCAACCCCCGGUGGAAAGGCGAUAAUGUGAUCGUGCUCGAGCUGGAGAUGCCGGAGCGCCGCACCAAGGACUACGAGAGCGGCAUGAUGGGGUUCUGGCUGGACCGAAUCGCGUCCAACGAAGAUGACGUGGAGAUCAUCGUGCUGGACGAGAAUAUGCAGGGAAGCAACGACGACAAGGACAGCGGCGCCAGUGGACCUACCAUGUCCUGCGACACGGACGACAAGGAGACUCGAUCCAAGGACAAGACUGGGAAGAAGUCAACAAAGACACGACCGCCCACGGCCAGUCGUCGUCGAAAGGAAGCCGAGUAGGGUCCGCAGUACGUCGUAGUACAUGGUGGUGGUGGUAUGUGUGACAACGUUCAUCGGUGGCAUGCAACGGAUGUGUUAAAUAGAUAUCCAUAUUGUUAUUGAUAAGACUACGACUUGGACAAUUGUUUGGUGAACGGGUGGUGGGCCACGUAUGAGUACCACACCCCGCCAAUAACAACGAGGGCACAUCCCCACAGCAUCUGCCCCGACACCACGUCAUCGCCAUGAAUAACCACGGACAGCGCCACCACCGCGACUUGCUUGACAUUGGCACACACGGCCAGUGUCACAGCGGACGUGCACCUGUUGGCGGCGAAGCUGGUCACGUUCAGAGCAAAGCUGAAUGCCCCUGUGACAACGUACAGCCCCACGGCAGGACGCACGACAUCCCACGGCGUCGACUGCAGCACGUCCCACUCGCCUGCAAAAUAUAUAUACACCAGGCAGAA